AUGGCUCAAAAAGAGAAACUCCAGUGCCUGAAGGACUUCCAUAAGGACACUCUGAAACCAUCUCCAGGUAAAAGCCCUGGCACCCGGCCUGAAGAUGAAGCAGAGGGCAAACACCCCCAGCGUGAGAAGUGGGCGAGCAAACUGGACUUUGUUCUGUCCGUGGCUGGCGGCUUUGUUGGUUUAGGGAACGUCUGGCGUUUCCCGUACCUCUGCUACAAGAAUGGUGGAGGUGCAUUUCUCAUCCCCUACUUCAUUUUCCUGUUUGGCGGCGGUCUACCAGUCUUCUUCCUGGAGGUUUCCCUGGGUCAGUUCACCUCCGAGGGUGGCAUCACCUGCUGGGAGAAGCUCUGCCCCAUCUUUACUGGUAUUGGUUACGCCUCCGUUGUGAUCGUGUCUCUGCUGAAUGUCUACUACAUCGUCAUCCUGGCCUGGGGUCUCUACUAUCUGUUCCAGUGUUUUCAGCCGGAGCUGCCCUGGGCCAAGUGCAAUCAGCCCUGGAACACGGAUCGAUGCAUCGAGGACACCUUCCGCAAGAACAAAUCCCUUUUGCUGGGUGCCAACAUCACCAACUUCUCUAACUUCACCUCCCCCGUCACCGAGUUCUGGGAACAUAAUGUGCUGGGCAUCAGCAAUGGGAUCGAGGAUAUAGGUCCUGUUAAAUGGGAUCUGGCUCUGUGUCUACUGCUGGUCUGGGUCAUCUGCUUCUUCUGCAUCUGGAAGGGAGUCAAGACUACUGGCAAGGUGGUCUACGUCACAGCAACGUUCCCUUUCGUCAUGCUCAUCGUUCUGUUGAUCCGUGGUGUGACCCUGCCGGGAGCUUCUGCCGGCAUCAAAUUCUACCUGUACCCCGACCUGGCUCGUCUGCAGGACCCAGAGGUGUGGAUUGACGCCGGUACCCAAAUCUUCUUUUCCUAUGCCAUCUGUUUGGGCGCCAUGACCUCCUUGGGGAGCUACAACAAGUACAAAUACAACUGCUACAGGGACUGUUUGCUGCUGGGAGCCCUCAACAGUGGUACCAGUUUUGUGUCUGGCUUCGCAAUAUUUUCCGUCCUGGGCUUCAUGGCACAAGAGCAAGGGGUGGACAUUGCUGAUGUGGCAGAGUCAGGUCCAGGCCUGGCGUUCAUAGCCUAUCCCAAGGCUGUAUCCAUGAUGCCUUUCCCUACAGUGUGGGCAGUGCUCUUCUUCGUUAUGCUGCUGCUGCUUGGCCUCGACAGUCAGUUUGUGGAGGUGGAAGGGCAGAUCACAUCACUGGUGGAUCUGUAUCCGUCCUUCCUAAGGAAGGGUUACCGCAGAGAGAUCUUCAUCGCUAUCAUCUGCAGCAUCAGCUACCUGUUUGGACUCACCAUGGUUACCAAGGGUGGCAUGUAUGUUUUCCAGCUGUUUGAUUACUAUGCAGCUAGUGGUGUGUGCCUUCUGUGGGUGGCAUUCUUUGAAUGUAUAGCUGUUGCCUGGGUUUAUGGCGCUGAUAAUUACUAUGAUGCACUUGAGGACAUGCUGGGCUACAGACCAAAUGCUUGGAUGAAAUAUAGCUGGAGUUAUAUCACUCCUACACUGUGCAUGGGCUGCUUGAUCUUCUCCUUGGUCAAAUACAAGCCACUGACGUACAACAAGGUCUACGAGUAUCCUGAUUGGGCCAUUGGAAUUGGUUGGACUCUGGCCUUGACCUCCAUGAUCUGCAUCCCCAUGGUGGUUGUGAUCAAGAUCCUCCGUUCUGACGGGCCGCUCAUCGAGAGGAUCAAAGCGGUGGCAGCCCCGAUUCGCGGGGGGGCCAGCUCCCGCCCCGCAGACCACCGUGGCCUCAAGGAGCUCUCCUACCCUCUGGACCCCAAUGGGAACAAGGGCCUGUUGAUGAAGGCUCCCACCCACACCAUCGUAGAGACCAUGAUGUAAAGGAAUGAGGCGGAGGCUCUCUAUGAGAACGCUCUCCUCUCCUCUGAAAUGCUUCUAAAGCUAGCUAGUUUUCUGUCUAUCUGUCUAUCUGUCUGUCUGGUGGACUGAUAAGGGUUUUAAGGAGAAAAAAAAAAUCGCCCGGUUUCAAAUCUUCUAGGAAUACUUUGCAAGUAGUUUUCUCUUGGUGGGUUUUCUUAAGAGGGUAGCAAUCACAUUUCAAAUCUAUUUCUGAAACAAUUAAUGGUGCUGGUCUUUUUUCCCCUCUUUAUAAUAUCCAUGUGACUAAAUGUCCCACUCUUAACUUGUUCAAAGGCAGAGUGGCAAAUUACCACCAGCCUCUGGUCAUACAUUUGUUUACGCACAUUUUUGCAGAAAAUCGGAUCUAAAAAUUGACAAAAGUGGUCAUUGAGUAUUUGAAUCAAACAGCUUUUUGUAACUACCGAAUGAAAAAAGAGAUCACAGAUAACCAAAAAACGUAUUUUUUUUUUCAUGUUCUUUGAAAAUUGUGUGACUGUGAUACAAUGAACUGGGUGCACUUAUCUGAGGGCAAGUGCCAUUGGGUAAUUUUGAUUUAUUCUGGUUUAUUUAUCCAGUUGAGAUGAAGUAGAACAUGGAGUGGGUACAGCAUCAUUAAUUAAAAAACAUCUGUUUAACCCAAUGCACAAUUAAAUAUAGACAUCUAUGAAGUCACAUGUUUCCCUUUUGAAAUCAGCAGUUCUUGAAACAACAUUUUGUGAGAACUAUGACCAACCUAAAUUUCAAAAUGUGGCUUUGAAGUGUCUCAAUCUCAUACAUCCUCUAGAUUUGUUUCUGUGCUACAAUAGAUUAUACCACUACACAGAAUUCCCUGUUAAAAAUCAAAAUGUAGAAUUGUCACAGCCAUGAUUGCCAACAACCCCAAACAAUCCAGCAUUCUGGUUUUUGCACCCAUUUUAUCCCCAUCUUCCAUAGCAAUGAACUAUGGGUCAAACAGAAACUAGCACUGAACGCAUCAGGAAACCCGCUCCUGCUCAAAGACAGAGGUAUCUGAAAGGAUUUGAAGUGUGGAGGUUGAACCCUUGAGUGUGUUGUCUGUGGCGUACUGUACAGUAGUAGCUAAUCAGUCUAUCUAUAUCUAUCUCUCUAUCUAUCUUUCUCUGUCCUAGACCAGUUUACAGUACAUUAGUGACUGCACUAGGCGCUCUUGGCUUACAAUUUUUGGAUUGGAUUAUUUUUUAUUUUACAGGGGAAGUUACAUUGUUAUUAGUUGUUCCUCUGUCAUUGUUUAGAUUUUUUUUUAUUAUGACUAUAAUGUUAUUGGUAUUCACUAUUGAUGAUAAUCGCUGUAGUUAUACAUAGAGAAAGGAAAACGUCUUUUAUCGGGCGAACAUUUCAAGCUACAAAUCUUACAUAUACAGUGGCAGCCAUUGUAGUGAUAAUCCUCUUUGUUGAUUUCCUGCCAACUAUUCCGUCUUUUUAUUAUCAAAAAAAACCAAACAAUGCAACUGAUUUAUCCCAAAUAUUUUCUCCUGUGGUAGUGUGGGUCAAACAUUCAGUGAGCAGUUCAAUGUACUGUGAAACAAGAGAAUUCUACAAUGGCUCCAUCUGUGAGUUCCUGGUGUCGGGGGUUUAUAGCUUUUACUGUAAAUAUCGGGACAGUAUUCCAUUAGGAUACAUUCGGCUAAACAACACGGUAAUACAACAUGUCACCCCAGGGUCAGACUGUCCGAUCAUCUGAGGGUCAAUAUACUUUCCAGACACUGAAAUGUGGCAGCUGGCUGCAGACAAAUCAGAGCCAGUGAAUGACAAUGAAUGAGAUUAGUCAUGUUGUUGCUCAUCUUAUUUAAAACGAGUUAAAAGGAAUGAUUUCACACCCCAAAUGUUCGAAAGAGCAAAUGAAAAUCUAGCUAACCAUGCACUCAUUCAAACCUCCAUACAGGGAAUUGGGUGUCAAGUCAGAAUACAUUUACUUCUGAUUUAGUUAAUAAAAGCUGUGAACUUAGACACUGUACAAGAUAAUGAUACCGGGAAGUUGUAUCUGACACCGGUAAAACCUUUACUUUAAAUAGAAUAAUGCAUUUACAGCCUAAGCUCAUUGAAACUGUCUUUAGAACUCCAGAAUACUGUAGUUGUGAGCCAUUAUCAACUUAAACUAUUUGAGAAGUAUGACAUUUACAUUCCCUUGUAAAGUCCAACAUUUUUGCAUUCUGGGUGAGGAAUACUCAAUUAAAAUCAAUCAAAAUUAAUGUUUCUGUCUUAAAAGCCACACAGAUUAGAAAAUCAUGCAUUUACCAUACUUUCUUUAUCAACAAACCUGGGCAACAAUAAUGAAAGAGUGAGUCAAUGCGACUUUUUAUUGCACCUUAUUUGUCAAAUCUGGCUUUCAUAUCAAAUUAUGAGGUCAAAAAACUAAACACUGCCAUCAUUUUAAAAUAGAUAAAAAUGUUAAACUAUUCAUUCACAUGCAUUAUACAGUUACACAGUACAUAUGCAUUGCAGGAAUUUGACCUACAACAUCACAUCAGAAGUGAUUCUUGAGACCAUGGCCUCAUUAUUGUGUGUCAUAAGCUUUGAUAAUUGUUUUUGUCACUUUAUUUAAUUUCUUUCGACUAGAUAAAGUAGCUCAUAUCGUUAAAAGGGAUUUGUGAAACCAAAUCCGCAGCAGACAUCUAUUUUCAUACAGUAACAAAUGUUUCCUAUAUAAGUCGUCUUUGUACAGCUAAGCUCCCACUGCAGACCUCCCAUUUUAAUACGGAUACAAAGCUUCAUUGUAUUCUUAAACUUUUGUACAGAUCUGGCUCUUGAUUCCCCUGAAAGGUCUUUGCACUGUGGCUAAAAAAAAAUAAGAAAAAUGGACAUAAUGAAAUAAAAGAUCAUUUUUAGAAUAUAUAAAAAAUGAAUUUGAAAACAAAAAUGGACUGUUAAAUAUGCUGUCUUUUCUUUAAUUUUGUCUAGGUUAAGCCAAGAAAUUACUACUUUUCUGGAUUCAGCAUUUCUAAGAUGCACAAAAUGGAAAGAAAGACAUUUUUUAUUUAGGGAACUUUAAGAACCUGCAACGUUUUGACAAAUAAUUCAAACACAGGCAAAAAACCUGAAUAAAACGUUCCCUAGUGCUAAGAUCCUUCUUUUGGUUGGGAAACACGGGCCAGAGAUAAUACUUUAAUGCAGUCAUUUAUCUGUUGCCUCUGUGUGUAUUUACGGUAUGUACCAGUCCCUCUGCCUUCUUGCACUCCCCUUCAGUUAGCCUGUGUAAACCUUAUGUUAAGCUAAGCUAACCGUUUUUUUUUAUCAGAGUUGAUGAAUUUGCAAGAGAAUCGAAGCAUUAGCAAUGCACAAGUUUUUACCGCCGAAUGUGGAAAUGUGAAAGUCACCUGCGGGUGAAUGUAAAAGUUUCUGAAGAUUUAUUUUUUAGGGUAAAAAAGAAAAAAAUAGAUCUUUUUUGUUUAUUUUUGUUGAUCUUGUUUUAUUGAAUUCAGCAGUUUUAUUUUUGAUUGUGUUUCUGUCACAUUUGCCUUUUGUAUUCCAAAUAGUGUAUUUUAACCUCUGUCAUUGGAGUAACAUGUACAACUAUCAAUCAACAAAAAAAAAAAGCUACGAUUUGUUACGUGCAAUACUUUGUAGAAUACUUUUAUUUUUCUUGCUGUUUUCCUCAAAGGUAGGUGACGCUAGCCUGUGAAUUCUUGAUGAAGAAAAUUUGAAUCUUCAGGGUCCAGUAAAAUUAAAUCCUGCCACAAAAUGUGUGGAAACCAAACAAAUCCACUAUUCCAUCAAAGAUCUUGUGGUUUGAAAUGCACUGAGACUAAAACUUUGUCACAUCAAAACUGAAUUUCCUAGUGAAAUGCUAUUUUUUAUUUUUGUGACAGACCGCUAAGUGAGUUUGUAAGAGGUAUAAAACACAGUAACACUGCCACUAAGCCCACCAUAUUUGUACUUUUUUUAUUUCAGUACUGCAUUUUUGCUAAUAUCAGACAAUUCCAAAAGCUUGCAUAAUUUUUAAAAUGAGCAAAAAACAUGCAAAAAGAUUAACGAUAUCUGAAAAAAGUGAACCAGUUCCCUCUAUAAGGGUUGUAGGUGUCUUGCUUGUGAUAGAACAAAUACCUUGGAGUAGUUUUGGCUGCUUUGGAAAGGCCUGCCUCUUAGUAACAAUAGCAGUAUAUAUAAUGACAAUUUAACCAUAUCAAAUGUGGGCUUUUCUUUUAGAACUUUGUAUGCAAUUUUUACAUUCUGCUUAUUCCAACAUUUCUAUUUUAAUCCAACCCCACUUCGCCAAACCCUGCAACCUCAGUGCUUUAUAAAAAAAAGUGGAGAACCAAAUUACAUCUACGGGAGCAGAAUAUAAAUCCCAUGUUGCCUACAUCAUGUUCAUCUCUGUUAUGAAAGCGCCAACAUAUCUGCAGGAUUCAUAAUCUCAUUGGCUGUUUCUGUGAUGAAUCUUCGGGCUCUGUAGAGGUUAGAAGAUAAACAGGACUUCAUUUCCUUAAAACAAAUAUGAUGUUUGGUUUGAAGUCUGAUAAAUAUUUGACCUAAAUACAUAUUUGGCAUUUUAACUUUGAUCAUGUUCUGACUCAAGAGGUUAACAAUGACACAAAAGGCUGUUGUCCUUACUUAAAUGCUGGUAUUCUCAGCGCUAAGCCCUCUGGGAAAUGGAGUCCCAAUCAUCCUCCAUUUUGAUCAUGGUCUCCAAUGACAAUGCCUCAGUCUUUCCUGCAUUAUACUUGCCAGCCCUCCUUUUUGAGAAUGUAAAUGAGAAAAUGUUUUUUAAUUCUUAGUGAAGAAAAAAACAUUUUUUUAAAGAAUUUGAAAGGUUUUAUUUUUUAUUUCUAUGGCCAACCUGUAAGCUAGGUAAAAAAGAAAGUGUUUGAACAGGUUUUACAAAAGGUGUAAAACUUUUUUUAUUUCUUAAUAAAAAAUGUGUCUUCAGAAAAUGAA